UAUCAACGCGCUACCUAUACACGAAAAUUAGCUUCCAUCAAAUUAGUGUGAUAAUACGCAGCCCAGAUAAAUGAUAUCUAAUGAAUAAUCGUGCAUGAGAUAAGAUACAAAAAAAUCAAAACGAAAACCGCGUACAACGUAGUGUCAACGCGUUUCCAGCAAAACGAUAAAAUCGAUACCGACGGCAUUAUGCAGGCGAAAAUGCACGCAAAAGGGCAAAGAUACUGAUUCAAUUCCAUCGAAUAAAACGGAUUAGAGAUGCACAGGAGCACCACGUUGUCAGAGAUAGUCUCGUCCACUUUUUCCGAUAACCCCGAGGAAGGCGAGCAGCAGAGCAAAAAGCAGAAAUUCUCGGCGCAACUCGGAAUCGGACUAAUCGAGUUUUUAGUGUGCCCCUUGUACCAGUGUUACGGGAUUUUGCUGGCAGAAAAUAUACAAUUCGGAAAAUACACAGUGCAAAAGGCGACGUGCCCGACGUUGAUUUUCUUAUCAGCAUGGUACACAACAGCCCCAUUAUCCAAGGUUUUCAUAAAAUAUUGUGAAGAAAGAAAUUACUAUUAUUAUCGAUUUAUCAUUACGAUAGCCGCUAUAUUAUUAGCAGUCGGUAUUGUUAUACCGCCACAUUAUAUUUGUUAUGGAAUAUUCGGAGGGACAUUCUCCAACGUGAUUUACACUCAAUUGCGGCAUAUGGCUAGAAAAAAGUUCAAAACCACAGAAAGAGCGUUCGAAGGCAACGUUCUAUCGGCUAGGGCGAUCAGUUUAUUGGUGAUGCCGCACGUUUUUCUCCUAUUGAUAAGCCACCUAUCCCUAGAUCGCGUUCUAUUGGUGUAUUCUGCCGUUGUUUUGAACAUAUUCCCCGCUGUGAUGAUAAUCAAAUUGCCCAACAAGAGCGAUUCGAUGGUUUACGGGGAGACGAAUAGGUAUCGCACUUUACCAGCUUUCUCGCAACAAAUCAAAGAAAUGAAGGUAUUCUCCAGUUCCGACAACACCUCAGACAUAACGUACAACAACAAAUCGAUAAUAGACGAUGCCAGCGAUGAUUCCGAAUCAGGUUCCGAAGAAGACGAAGACGAUGAUCUUCUAGUGCGCGAGAAAUGCGCUAACCUAGAGGAAGUACCUCCGCAACCGGGUCCCCUUGCACCCAGCACUGUCCAAAGAUAUUACAGCCAAGCAGGGGUUAGUAUAUUACCAGAAAUCCCGGAAGAAGAGGAAGACGAAGAAGACAAGAACAUAAACAUAAUAAACUCGAAAAGACUGAGCCGCAUAAGCACCGUCCUCGAAGACAUACUUAGCAAAGAAACGAAAGAAAUAAUAGUUCCUAAAGAGAUCGUAGUGAUACCGGAGACGAUACAAUGUAUAGAAUACAUCCCCGAAGACGACGAUAAGAGGAAAUCCUUUCUAACAGACAUGAAAUUCCCCAAAGACUCUUCGAAUUGCUGCUCGUGCUCCCCCUACACGCUCUUCAUAUGGAAGAGGAAACUGCGCACGAUGAAGGACUUCUUCACCGACGGUUUCGUCCUCCCCGUUUUCAGAUCGCUGGGCGACCUCCAUUUCUACCCCACGUUCAUCAGCAAGACCUCUUUGAACAUCAGCUCCGUAUUGUUCAUAUCCCUCACGCCCUACGUGACGCUCCACAAGAACGACGGCUACAAAACCGAAGACAUGGCCUUCCUGCUCUCCUACAUGGCCUUCUCCUGGUGCCUCUCGCUGAUGCUGCUGCCCCUCCUGAUGACAUUCUCGGCCGUGAAGAUGCGAAUCACCUUCGUAGUGGGAUUGGUGCUGUCCAGCUUCAGCAUGCUGCUGCUCACCAAGCGCAAAAUGUCCAACGACUUCAUCAUCUGGAGCGCCCUGCUGUUCGGCUUCGGGUACGGGCUGAGCGGCUUCGCCGAGGGCUUCGUGUACAGGGCGUUCGCGGGCCGGCGGCGGUUCGCGCAGAUGGAGAGGACGCUGAGCGUGCUGCUGGGCGCCGUCGCCGCGGCGGCCAGCUACCUGGUGGCGGAGUUCGAGGUGGACCUGAUCGGGUGGUUUCCGAUCGUGUCGGGGGUGGUGUACGCGGCGAACGCGGUCGCCUGGACGCUGAUGCCCGCGACGAAGGAGGCGCUGGUGUUCUUGGGGAAGUACCUGCGGCGAGCCGGCGACGGGGAGACGAUUUUGUGAUUUAUCGCCAUGCUUGAGGUUUGAUGAAGGAUUGUUGAUUUUGUGGAUUUAUGAUUGUUUGGUAGGUUUGUA